CAGUUCUAAAACUAUCAGUUCUUCAAUUUUUAAUUCAGUAUCCUUAUUGUUCAUAAGAUUGUUGAGCUUUUGUUUUGUUGGUGAAUAAAAGGGAAAAAUGUUACGCCAUUAGAGAAGGACGUACGUUGGACGGCUAGUCAUCUUCGUCAGACAUUCGCUGACUUGUAUAUACCAACCAUAACCAAAAACGUUCUCAGCUUUGUCUUUUUAUCCAUUUAUCUCUAUCUCUUGCCGUGCUGUGAUAAAAGAAAUAUCUCUACGGAAAAUGGUUUCAAAUUGUUGCGUUUGCGGAAUCGAAAAGGGAUCUAUGCAGGAUUUGAAUUACUCGUUUCACAGGUUUCCGAAAAACGAGGAUUUAAGGUUGAAGUGGUGGGAAGCUAUAGGAAGGAAGGUAUAUCGUACUGCUUACAUAUGUAGCAAACAUUUCAAGGCGGAGGAUUUUAAAAAUAAAGAAGAUCUCAAUUUAAUAAGGAAUAUAUUAAAACCUUCCGCGGUUCCUAGCAGACAUAUUAAAUUCAGAGAAGUUAAAUUUGAAUUUGUUGAUCCCUCAUCCGAUGAUAAAGAUAUUUUAACUGAUGAUAAAGAUAUUUUAACCGACAAUGAGGACAGAAAUGAUGAAAGUUGUGAAUCUCUUAACUUGGAGCAUGAAAAGUAUAUUGUUCAAAAUGGAUCUUGUGAUAACAGGUUGCAAGUUAAUGAAUGGAGUAUAUCCACAAGUAUCGAUAAUCCGACGAGUAAUAAUAAUCUGACAAUUAAGACAACUCAUCCUGACAAUGAAGCAACGUUAAGCUCUACUGCUAGUCAAGCAAAGGAAAGAAAAAUUAAAGAUGACACCUUAAAACCACGAAAAAAGCAACGAUAUCAAAAUGGUAUCUUAGGAAUCGUGAGAAGAGAGGAUUUUACAGAUGAAAACGCAUGGUUCAAGUUUCAAAAAUAUAUCAAUAGGGUUAAAAUCCAACAUAAACACUUAUCGCAGAAGAAUCGGAAGCUUCAGUAUGAAAUAAGCAUUUGUAAGGAGCUUUUGAAGAAGCAAUUGUCUGAUGACGAUCUAGAAAUAUAGAGAUGCAGACACGGAUUCCAUCAAUUCGCAAUUUACGAAAUGAUUUAACGAUAUUGCAAGUGCAAUAUUACCAUGCCAAUGACUACGUUUAUAGUAUAUUUUCUAAUAAACUGUUUGGGAUUAUAUAGAUAUACAUCUAUAGUGCCAAUUGUUAAUGUAACAUAUUGCGUAAGUGUAAACUCUGCUAAUUUAUGUUGAUGUUAUAUUAAUAAUUGUUAUUCUACAUCACUAACGAGAUACAGAUUUAUCAAUGCAGCGAAAUAUAAUAUUUUAAAGAGAUAUAAUAUGAGCCUUGUCAACUUGAAAU